AUGAGAGACAUCAUUUUCAGUAACAAUCGGUAUGGUGUUCCAUCCAGCCAUUGCAAUAAACUUGAAGAAUUGCUGCAAUCAGAAGUGCCCGACUUGUGCACAUAUCAACAACACUGCCUCUUUAGAAAUAAUCUACACUGCAUGGUACCCCCAUCAGUACUAUCAUCUAAGAGUGUACCAGUCUAUCGUCUAGUCCAGGAACCAGGGGAGUUCAUCAUUGUAGCUGAUAAAGCUGCAAGGGCUAACAUUUGUACAGGGUACAGUAUGUCAGAGGCCAUUCCAUGUGCAUCAGUAAACAGCCUAAAGCACUGUAUAAGAGCAUUUGAGAUUUGUCAAGAGCUGAAGCAAUCUACUCUCUUCUCAGUGGAACAUCUCUUGUGUGUCCUCACUACAAAUGCUGCCAAUUUGAAGACCAAUGCAAACCUCCUCAGGGAUCUGCGGACAAAGCUUAUUCACAUUAGAGACAGAGAGCUUAGUCUUCGUCACCAGCUGACUUCUGCAGGCCUCAAGUCUUCCAAAUGCUUUGCAGACUCUGAAACAUGUGGUGAUACCCAGUCAUUGCAGACUGGAUCCAAAUCUAGGAACCAGCAUGCUUUGGACAAGGGCUGCCAUGUGUGCCGACAAUUAUGCUAUCUUUCAAUGGUAAGCUCAAAAACCUAAUGGAAUGUUGCAAGAAAGAAUCUUGCAAUCAAUUGCAAGUCAUAUUUGGGUCCCCAAAUUGAUCAUAAGUCUAAUUUGCACUCAAUUGCUGGUCUGCUAUUGUAGAAAGAAGUUCAAAUUGAUUUCCUAUCGAUUGAUAAAAAUGGAUUAUCAGUAGUAAAUAUGAAUACUGAAAAGAGGGCGCUGUCACAUUGCAACCAAUUGAUUUUAUUGCAGGAACAAACUUGACCUUAUUUAACCAGUUUUUUUGU